AUGGCCAGCCUUACUCUUCACUUCUUACUAUUUUUCUUGUACUUUCAUUGUAUUCUCGCAAUUAUUACUGGAUCUGUCACGUCUCAAACUGAUCCAAACACAACGAAUUUCAUCGUGACCUCAUGCAAAACAACGUUAUACCCUACCAUAUGUGUUCAAUCUCUCUCUGCCUACGGAAACACCAUUCAACUAAACGAUCAAGAACUAGCUCAUGCAGCAUUAACGGUGAGCUUAUCAAAGGCUAAAAUUGCUUCAACAUACAUUUCAAAGCUCACAAGAAUGAGGGGCUUAAAGCCAAGAGAAUUACAAGCUGCUAAAGAUUGUUCAUUUAACAUGAAUGAUUGUGUUUAUCAACUUGAACGAUCGAUCCCCGAGCUAGUGCAAAGUGGUAAAUUAGCAUCAAGAAGAGAUGAAUUUACUUGGCAUGUUAGUAAUGUUCAAACAUGGAUUAGUGCUGCACUUACUGAUCAAAAUACUUGUCUUGAUAUGAUUAAUAAUCCUUCUAUGGAUGGAAAAAUUAAGGAUUCAAUUAGGGUUAGGGUUUUUGUUGCUUCACAAGUGACUAGUAAUGCACUUGCUUUGGUUUAUCAAUUUGCAGAGAAACACUCAUAAACUAAGUUGUUCGGACUAUCCAAAAAUGUUACCGCACUCGUGUCCGAUCUUUCAAAAAUACACUAUUUUUGGAGGAUCCGACACACACCUGUCGACAUUUUUGAAGAAUCUGAACAACAUAGCUCAUAAAUUAGUGUCAUCUUGCUAGCUAGCUUUUGGUAUGUAUUUUUAAGUGUUAAAAGUAAUUUUAUAG